GAAAUGUUAUGUUUUAGAAGUAUUCCUAAAUUAGACCACGAAAGUGUGGUCUGAAACUCGAUAAUGGUAAGAAUUAUAAACAAAAGUUUCAAAGCUGCACCGCUAGCUUCAACUUCAUUGUAACAGUAAUAGAGCAACUUCUCAAGUAAUCUGAUAGUAAUGUGUUCAUAUAAUGCUGAUAGCGGCUUCCGAAUUUUUUAGCAAACAUUUUAAAUGUUUUACCUAAAUAGACGGGUACUUCCUGAAAAAGAAAUAUUUAUAAAUUUUAAGAAGAUUCUGCCUAGAUCAAGAGGAGAAGAUGGUGGAAAGUUGGUUACUGUAAGCGGGAUCCAAUUUUAUGACGUUAUAAGCUUCUGCGAUGUUUUCUCUAUUACUAAAAUUGGCUAGGUUUCUGUCGCUGUUUCAGUCAUGGCUUCGAUCUCUACAUUGAUGGAAGAUAUCAGUUUGGUCGGUGAGCAAAUAUUUGAUCAUACUGCUUUGAUACGGAAUCAGAUUAACAAAUUUCUGGAUAAUUUCGAGCGUAACGAACGGCAUAAAGAAUUUGAUGGUAUUAUUCGAGCUAGCCAUUCGUUAGUGGAAGCGGCAGAUGUUCCUUUGGAAAUGAUAUUGGCAAAAGAUGAUUUGCGACAGCUCAAUGAACAGAUCGAGAAAACGACGUCUGCCUUGUCGGAACUUACAGUUCCUCUUUAUCGGAAGGAACACGACGAUUAUUUAGAAGCAGUACGCAGAAGUCAACAUCAACAAAAAACGAUAGUGGAAUCAGCUAUUGAGCAACAGCGGCAAGCUUUGAAAGAGGGUGACAAUAAUACGGAUGACAUCCUCGUCUCUCCCAAUAUUUCUAGUACCACUGAAAUUAAUUUGAACUGA